AUGAUGAUCUCGGGACGCCUGCUACCCCUCCUCAUCCUGCAGCUAUUGCUACCCAAAGGUACAUUAUCGCUCUCGAUCAACAUCAAUAGCAAUCCCAUUGGAAGACGGGAUACUUCCAUUGAAAGACGCGAGACCUUUUCUGUGUUUUGGAAAGCGUUGGGCGUUGUGGCUAUUCCAACAGCCACCGCCGCCUCAGUCAAAGUCGAUCCGGCCAGUGCAGCCUGUUUGCCCGGAGAUGUGUCUCCCGAGUGCAUUGGCGUCUACAAAAUUCCGCUUCAAGAUGCUUUGUCUUCUCCCCUGUUGAACACACCCGAAGCACUCAAGAAAAAUGCUCCUGAUAUCAACUAUGUCAAGCCAGUGGAAGGACCACCCAAAUCCGUCAUGGCGGCCAAGGAAGUGCUACUAGCGCAACGAACCGCCGCGGAUGAUAUUCGUCAAGUAAUCCAACAGGGACGAUUGCAAGAAGCGGGUAUCAAAGUUUUGAACUUGAUUCCCAAAAUUACUGGAGCUGGCAUUACCAUUCAACAACAAGUCCAAUCCCAGUAUCCAGAGUCCGAAUCUGGCACCAACCGAAUACGAGUGCUCAAGUUCGAAAAUGAACUGCAAGAGCUCAUUGCGUCGUGGAAUUCCAUUGACAUUGAAAUUGGACAGGCAUUACGAGGACAAAUGGGAGUUUCCGCAGUGGCUCAAAUACAACUCCUGAGUUCCUUGAAAGAUGCCACGGCGGCAUUUGAUGACUUUUUGCUGGUGGUGGAUGCCAAUAUCAAAUAA